UAUCGUUAGUAUUUCAUCCAGUUCUAUUCAAUUCUGUCCAACUUGAUUUCGAUUUAAUUUUACUCUUGUGAUUAUCAACAUAAAGAAAUGUCUUCGGCUAAGCUUCAAGUAAUCUUGCUGACUUUCAUCUUUAUCUCCAUGCAAAUGGCUUUCAUUUCUGCCAUUCCAUUUAAAUACAAUGGAUAUAAAUCUUGCACGCCACGUGAAUUCCCACCACGCAAUGAAUGUGAUGAUGGUAGAACACCGACUGACGAGGAACUAGAAAAGUUCUGUGAUACUAACCCACGGAGAGUCUACCGAAUCGAAGCAUGUAAAAGUUUUAUCAAGCGUCAUGGUGGUGACACUGGUCCUUUUCAGAGCUUUACUUUUGAACCUUAUUGUUUUACUUUAUCCCAGUACUGUACUUUAACAAAGCCGCCAACCACUCCAACCACUACACCCAAACCUAAAGCAGGCAAUGGAUAUAAAUCUUGUAAUUCAGUUGAACUCCUCCCACGCUAUGAGUGUGAAGAUGGUAGAGCACCGACUGACGAGGAACUAGAAAAGUUCUGUGAUAUUAACCCAGAGAGAACCUACCGAAUCGAAGCAUGUAAAAAAAUUGUCAAGGAUCAUGGUAAUAGGUCUGGUUCUUUUGGUCGCUUUAAUCGUAUAUCUUUUUGUGUAGUUUUAGCCCAGUACUGUAAAUUAACAAAGCCGUCAACCACUACACCCAAACCUAAUUGAAUCACGAGGCUUUUGCCACAUUCAGCUUUCAAGUAUUAAUAUAUUAUUACGCAUUAUUAAUACUAAUCUGUAUUUCUUUAAUCUUAUUAAAAGGUUAUUAAUGAAAAUUAAAAAUUGACCAUUCUUUUAACUU